CACCCGCAAGCAUUGGGGGAACCACAUGGUGGCAAAGUGUCUCCGUACAGAGUGAAGUUCUCCACGGAUCAGAUGUGUUUUCUAAAUAGUUACAGUCUAACAAGAUAAAAUGUCGCAGGUACAGGCCCGGUUCUUCACCGAAAACAAAAAGUAUCUGAUAGAUGAUGUUCCGUUCUCCAUCCCUGCUGCCUCUGAGGUGGCGGAUCUCAGUGGUGUCAUCAACAAGCUGCUGGAAGCCAAGAAUGAUGGACACAAACAUGUCGAGUUUGAUUUCCUGGUUCGAGGUCAGUUUCUCCGCACUUCACUGGCCAGUCACAUGGAGAAAGAGAACAUCUCAACGGAAGAAGUGGUGGAAAUAGAAUAUGUCGAGAAGUUCACAGCCCCACAGCCGGAGGAGUGUAUCAUGCAUGAUGACUGGAUCAGCUCGGUGGAGGCAGAUUCUGAAUGGAUCCUCACAGGCUCUUAUGAUAAGACUGCACGGAUUUGGUCUAUGGAAGGGAAGGCUGUGAUGACUGUGGCUGGACACACUGAUGUUGUGAAGGAUGUAGCCUGGAUGAAGCGAGAUGGUCUGAGCUCUCUGCUCCUGACCGCAUCUCUGGAUCAAACAAUCAUGUUGUGGGAGUGGAAUUCCGAACGGAACAAAGUGGAGGCCCGACACUGUUGCCGUGGACACGCAGGAAGUGUAGACACAGUUGCCGUCGACCCCACUAGGACGAAGUUUUGCAGUGGCUCAUGGGACAAAAUGCUUAAGAUAUGGUCAGCAGUGCCAACAGUGGAAGAGGAUGAGAUCGAGGAACCCAACAGGCCACGCAAAAAACAGAAAACAGAGCAGAUGGGGCUCACACGGACUCCCCUCAUGACUUUCUCUGGUCAUAAUGAGGCAGUGUCCUCUGUGCUCUGGGUGGAUGCUGAGGAGCUCUGCAGUGCAUCAUGGGAUCACACCAUCCGUCUAUGGGAUGCAGAGACUGGCGAGCAGAAGAGUACACUAACGGGCAGUAAGGUUUUCAACUCUAUCUCAUACUCUCCACUGUGUCGCCGUCUGGCCUCGGGCAGCACCGACAGACAUGUGCGUCUAUGGGACCCAAGAUCUAAAGACGGCUCUCUAGUUCUCCUGUCUCUGACGUCCCAUAACGGUUGGGUGACAGCGGUCAGGUGGUCUCCAUCGCACGAGCAUCAGCUUGUGUCAGGAUCUCUAGAUAAUGUGGUCAAACUGUGGGACACAAGGAGCUGUAAAGCUCCACUCUAUGAUCUUGCUGCCCAUGAAGACAAAGUUCUGUGCGUUGACUGGACAGAGAAUGGGGUACGAUAA